AUGUCUUCAUUGCCGUCCCAACAAGAGACGCCGACGUCGCAAGACUUGAGCUCCCUCUAUGUGCGGACUCAUGAGUACACAGCAGCCCCCAAGUAUCCGUCCAACUCAGCAGUGCGCUACUUUGUUCCCCCGGACGACAACAACGACUCCUCCUCGGAUACCGUGGUGGUCGACAACAAAGUCUUCAACCCGGCCUCCCACACCUUUGCCGAUGACGAAUUCAUCUGCCCGGGCUUCUUCGAGCGCGCCCAGCUCGACGGCUUCACCCGCCGCUUCAACCACGCGCAAUGGAGCUACGAGAUGCGCCGCGAGGCCCAGCCCGUGCUUCCGUUCCUCUCGCUAGGCCCGUCGUCCUGUCUGCGCGAGCGCGAUACUCUCCGUGCCCAGGGAUUUACUCUGCUGCUGGCGAUUCGCAAUCGACACUCGGCGCAGGCGCGGCUGGUGUCCGGCGACAAGGCCGCCGCCGAGCUCGGUGUCAUGGCCGACACGGUCGAUGUCCUCGACAACCAAGAACUGAUCUCUGCAUUUCCGCGUGCGAUCCGGCGGAUCAAUGAUCACCUCGCCGGGGUCGACAACGCACCAGCCCCCACUUCACCAGAGCAGAAAAAGAAAGUGCUCGUCUUCUGCGAGUCGGGCAACGAACGCUCUGCCAGCGUCGUGAUUGCUUAUCUCAUGGUCAUGCUGAACAUGGACGCCGCGCAUGCCAUACACAUGAUCCAGCAGCACCGCUUCUGCGUGUCGAUUGAAGAUACCCUAAAGCGCACGCUCGUUGCGUUCGAGUCCAUCCUCGUCGCCAAGCGCGAUGUCGAGCACACCCGCCGCACGUCGAUUCCCUCUGCCGCCGCGCCUACAUAUCUCGCGCCCCCGCCCAUGCCCAUGCCGCUAGCUAAGAAACGGAGUUUCCAGGAUAGGAUUUAUGAUGAUAAUGAUGAUGACCAGGUAAUGGCCGAUAGCGAGAUGGAUCUGGAUCGCGAGGAGGAGUUCCUUGCGGAGCGCAGGCCUACCGCGCCGUUUCAAGAUCGCGUGGUUUAG